CGUUUUUUUCUUCAUUUUGGAGCUAUUUGCGGAGAGUUCAAAAAAAGAAAAAUGAUACAAUUAUCCCGUCGGUUUUACGACUCUGUUGUCGCGGGACUGUAAAGAAGCCUUUGUGGCCUGCGCCUUUCCUUGGUGAGCAGACAGUCAGAUGGAGCCGGGGGCCGCCACUGUCGCACGCCCGCUUCCUCUCUUAAUUGCCUCGAGUGUUUUCUUUCCAGCCCGCCGCCGCUCGUCAGGAUGGAGGAUCCGGACCUACGGCAGCAGAAACUGGACAAUCAGCGAUCCAUUUUGAUGAAGAAGCAACAAAAGAAACGGGCCGAUUGUCAAAUGGUGGUGGCCAACCGGGACGCGCGCCAAAAGAACCGCAGACAAAAAGGCCGCUCGGACGAGACGCCGCUGCUGAUCAGCCAGUCCUUGAGCAACAUCUCCCUGAACGAACAAGUGGAGCACGCGCAUGACAACCCGAUGGACGUCAUCAUACUGGCGGAGUGCGACGGCGACGCGAAGGCCGCCGCCGUCUUAAGUGAGGUGCCGGCCGACAAGCCGCUCGGUCCCGUAAAGAUCAACUUCGACGUCGAGCACGAGGAGGAUGAAGCAGAGGACAGCGAGAAGACCGAGAAGCAAGAGAAAGUCCAAGCUGCGGCGGACAAUGACGGACAGGAGAAGGCCGAGGAGAAACCGGAGAGAAAAACCAAAAGGCAAGACAAAGCCAAAGACCGCAACGAUGGACAAAAGACAAACAAAACCACCAAAGAGCGCACAAAGAAGCACCCGCACGACGCGUCGCCAUCGGCCCCGGAGCGGACGAAAAACGGGCGCGGCAAAAGCGGCGACGAUGAGCAAGACGACUGCCCCGCCCACAACUCCCCGCCUGGGAGUAAAAAACAUCUGGACACGUCCAGGUGCCAAAUCAGCGACGACAGCAAGGACGAGGACCUUCGGCCAGAAGGGAAAGAAAGGAGGAAGAAGAAGAAGAGAGCCGAGAAAAACACACCGAGUGUGGCAUCUCUCAACUCCAACUACAAGGAGGGCUCGUCUUCAGGCAGCGAAUCCACCAACGGAACGGCUUCUCGCAUAUCAUUGGAGGACCUGGAGGAGUUCGCCUUUCGUCCCGCCCCCAGAGACCUGACCAUCCAAUGUCGGGUGACCCGGGACAGGAGAGGCAUGGAGAAGGGCAUGUACCCGACGUACUAUCUUCAUAUGGAGAAAGACGACGGAAAGAGGGUGUUUCUAAUGGCGGGCCGCAAAAGGAAGAGGAGCAAAACAUCCAACUAUCUCAUCUCAACGGAUCCCACCAAUCUGUCCCGAGAGAGCAGUUGCUACAUCGGAAAGCUACGGUCCAACGUUCUGGGAACAAAGUUCAUCGUCUACGACGGCGGCGAGAACCCCGAGAAGAAGCCUUUUAUUAAAGAGUGUGAAUCUGUGCGACAAGAGCUGGCGGCCAUUUGUUACGAGACUAACGUGCUUGGAUUCCGGGGCCCCCGCAAAAUGACAGUCAUCAUCCCGGGAAUGCUGGACAAUGACGACAGGGUGUCCAUCCGGCCCAAAAAAGAAGAGGAAACCCUGCUGGCGCGCCAUGCCGACAACAACACGGACAAGCUGGUGACCCUGGUCAACAAAUGUCCCAGCUGGAACGAGCAGACGCAGUCGUACGUGCUCAACUUCCACGGCCGCGUCACGCAAGCGUCGGUGAAAAACUUCCAGAUCAUCCACCCGGAGAAUGGCGACUACAUCGUGAUGCAGUUUGGCCGCGUUUCCGAGGACGUCUUCUCCAUGGAUUACAGCUUCCCCAUGUGUGCCCUUCAGGCCUUUGCCAUCACGCUGUCGUCUUUCGAUGGAAAACUGGCCUGCGAGUGACCCUCUGCUGGCUCUUGGA